AUGGGCCGUCCACCCGCCGCCCGCGGGCCGCCGCCGCCGCUGCUGCUGUCGCUGCUGCUGCCGCUGCUGCCGCCGCUGGGGAGCGCCGCCGCCGCCGAGCCGCGCCAGGUGUUCCGGGUGCUGGAGGAGCAGCCGGCCGGCACCUGGGUGGGCACCAUCGCCACCCGGCCCGGCUUCACCUACCGCCUCAGCGAGCACCACGAGCUCUUCGCCAUCAACGCCACCUCGGGCGCCCUGCACACCCGCGCCACCAUCGACCGCGAGAGUCUGGCCAGCGACGUGGUGGACCUGGUGGUGCUCUCCAGCCAGCCCACCUACCCCAGCGAGGUGCGCGUCCUGGUGCUCGACCUCAACGACAACGCGCCCGUCUUCCCCGACCCCUCCAUCGUGGUGACUUUCAAGGAGGACGCGGGCAGCGGGCGCCAGCUCAUCCUGGACACUGCCACGGACGCCGACAGUGGCACCAACGGCGUGGACCACGGCUCCUAUCGGAUCGUGGCCGGCAACGAGGAGGGCCGCUUCCGCCUCAACAUCACCCUCAACCCCAGCGGUGAGGGAGCUUUCUUGCACCUGGUGUCCCGUGGAGGGCUGGACCGGGAGGCCACCCCCACCUACCAGCUGCUGGUGCAGGUGGAGGACAAGGGCGAGCCCCGUCGGCGAGGGUACCUUCAGGUCAACGUCACCGUGCAGGAUAUCAAUGAUAACCCGCCCAUCUUCAGCCAGACGCUUUACCAGGCUCGGGUGCCUGAGGAUGCUCCUGUCGGGGCCAGCGUUCUCCAGGUCACUGCGGCCGAUGCUGACGAGGGCACCAACGCUGACAUCCGCUACCGCCUGGAAGGAGGCGACGGCAGCGGUGCUGGGGACGGGGCUGGCGGCCUCCCCUUUGAGGUGGACCCCGAGAGCGGGGUGAUCCGCAUCCGGGAGCGCUUGGACUACGAGGCGCAGCAGCAGUACUCGCUGACGGUGCAGGCCAUGGACCGCGGCGUGCCGGCGCUGAGCGGCCGGGCCGAGGCCCUCAUCCGCCUGCUCGACGUCAACGACAACGAGCCCCGGGUGAAGUUCCGCUACUUCCCGGCCACCUCCCGGUUCGCCUCCGUGGAUGAGAACGCGGCCCCCGGCACGGUGGUGGCCCUGCUGACGGUGAGCGAUGCCGACUCUCCCGCGGCCAAUGGGAACAUCUCCGUGUCCAUCCUGGCGGGAAACGAGCAGCGGCACUUCGAGGUGCACAGCAGUAAGGUACCCAACCUCAGCCUCAUCAAGGUAGCGGCCGCGCUGGACCGGGAACGCAUCCCGGCUUAUAACCUCACCGUGGCAGUGGCAGAUAACUACGGGGCCCCACCGCCACCUCCAGGCUCUCCCCCUUCCGUCUUUCCCCCCGAUGGAGCGGUGGCAGCUCCCGUGAGCCGCUCCUCGGUAGCCAGCCUGGUGAUCUUUGUGAAUGACAUCAAUGACCACCCUCCCGUGUUUGGGCAGUCGGUGUACAGGGUGAACAUCAGUGAGGACGUGCCCCUGGGCAGUUACGUGCGGGGCCUCAGCGCCACGGACCGUGACUCCGGCCUCAACGCCAACCUCAAGUACAGCAUCGUCUCGGGCAACGAGCUGGGCUGGUUCCGCAUCAGCGAGCACAGCGGGCUGGUCACCACGGCUGUCCCUGAUGGUGGCACUGCCGGAGCAUCCAGCUCCAGCGGGCUGGACCGGGAGACUGCUUCUCAGGUGGUGCUCAACAUCAGUGCCCGUGACCAGGGCGUGCAGCCCAAAUUCUCCUACGCGCAGCUGGUGGUGACCGUCCUGGACGUCAAUGACAACAAGCCUCGCUUCGGUCAGCCUGAGGGCUACCAGGUGUCCUUGGCUGAAAACUCCCCAUCAGGAACUGAGCUGCUUGUCCUGAGUGCCACUGAUGGGGACCUGGGGGACAAUGGGACUGUCCACUUCUCCCUGCAGGAAGCCGAGCCGGUGCUGGCAGCAGUUGGCCCCUCCUCUGUGACCCCUCGCCAUGUGUUUCGCUUGGACCCGGUUUCAGGCAAGCUCAGCACCAUCUCUCAGCUGGACCGGGAGGAGCAGUCUCACUUCUCCUUGCAGGUCUUGGCCACGGAUUUGGGCUCUCCUCCCCUUUCUUCGAUAGCCCGAGUUAAUGUGACCAUCCUGGAUGUGAAUGACAAUAGCCCUGUGUUUUACCCCGUCCAGUAUUUUGCCCAUAUCCAAGAGAAUGAGCCAGCCGGAACCUAUGUGACCACUGUGUCUGCCAUGGACCCUGAUCUGGGACCCAAUGGGACAGUCAAGUACAGCAUCUCAGCUGGGGAUACCUCCAGGUUUCAGGUCCAUGGGCAGACAGGGGCCAUCACAACAAAAAUAGCCCUUGACAGGGAGGAGAAAACUGCUUACCAGUUGCAGAUCGUGGCCACUGAUGGUGGCCAUCUUCAGUCGCAGAACCAAGCCAUUGUCACCAUCACAGUCUUGGACACGCAGGACAACCCCCCUGUUUUCAGCCAGGGCACGUACAGUUUUGUUGUCUUUGAAAACGUUGCCCUGGGUUACCACGUGGGUACUGUUUUUGCUUCCACCAUGGACCUCAACACCAACAUCAGUUACCUCAUCACGACAGGUGACCAGAGGGGCGUGUUUGCCAUCGACAGGGUGACUGGGCAGAUCACCACAGCCAGUAUUAUUGACAGGGAGGAGCAAGCAUUUUACCAGCUGAAGGUGGUUGCUAGAGGUGGGGCGAUAACUGGCGAUGCUGUGGUCAAUAUAACUGUCAAAGAUUUAAAUGACAAUUCCCCGCACUUCGUUCACGUGGUGGAAAGUGUAAAUGUUGUUGAGAACUGGAAAGCUGGGCAUACCAUAUUCCAGGCCAAAGCUCUUGAUCCUGAUGAAGGUGUUAAUGGCAUGGUUCUUUACAGCCUUAAACAAAACCCAAAGGGCUUGUUCUCAAUCAGUGAACAAACUGGUGCUGUAAGCCUAACGGGGCCUCUUGACAUAAAUGCUGGGUCUUACCAGGUUGAAAUCCUGGCCUCGGAUAUGGGGGUGCCUCAGCUGUCUUCCAACUUUAUCCUGACUGUCUCUGUCCAUGAUGUAAAUGAUAACCCUCCUGUUUUUGACCAGCUUUCCUAUGAAAUUACUAUCUUGGAGUCAGAGCCUGUGAAUUCCAGGUUCUUUAAGGUACAGGCUUCUGACAAAGACUCGGGAGUGAACGGUGAAAUAGCUUACAGUAUAAUUGAAGGAAAUGCUGGGGAUGCCUUUGGCAUAUUCCCAGAUGGCCAGCUGUAUAUAAAAAGUGAACUGGACCGUGAACUUCAGGAAAGAUACGUUUUACUGGUCGUUGCCUCUGAUAGAGCAGUAGAACCACUCAAUGCUACUGUGAACGUUACUGUGAUUCUGGAGGAUGUAAAUGAUAACAGGCCCCUGUUCAACAGUACCAACUAUGUGUUUUAUUUUGAAGAGGAGCAGAGAGGCGGGUCAUAUGUGGGUAAAAUAAAUGCUGUAGAUAAAGACUUUGGGCCGAAUGGUGAGGUCAGGUAUUCAUUUGAGCAUAUACAGCCAGAUUUUGAGCUGAACACAGUAACUGGGGAGAUCAGAAGCACUCAUCAGUUUGACAGAGAAGCUCUCAUGAGACAGAGGGGAGCUGCAGUGUUCAGUCUUACGGUGAUAGCAACAGAUCAGGGGCUGCCAAAGCCUCUGAAGGAUCAGGCAACUGUACAGAUCUACAUGAAGGACAUCAAUGAUAACGCCCCCAAAUUUUUGAAAGAUCUUUAUCAAGCUACUAUAUCAGAAUUGGCAGCAAAUCUGACGCAGGUGCUUAGAGUUUCUGCCUCAGAUGUUGAUGAAGGGGUUAAUGGGUUGAUUCACUACUCUGUAAUCAAGGGAAAUGAGGAAAAUCAGUUUGCGAUAGACAGCAGCACAGGCCAAGUGACCUUAGUAGGCAGACUAGAUCACGAGGCUACUGCAUCCUAUUCCCUUGUCAUCCAAGCAGUGGACUCCGGAGCUGUUUCCCUAAGUUCGACUUGCAUGUUGAGCAUUGAUGUACUGGAUGAAAAUGACAACAGCCCUUCCUUCCCUAAAUCAACCUUGUUAGUGGAUGUCUUGGAAAAUAUGAGGGUUGGUGAACUUGUGUCAUCUGUCACUGCCACAGAUUCUGAUUCAGGUGACAACGCUGACCUCCACUAUAGCAUUACGGGGACGAACAAUCACGGGACCUUUAGCAUCAGUCCCAACACUGGGAGUAUUUUUCUUGCCAAGAAACUGGACUUUGAGACACAGUCUCUGUAUAAGCUAAAUAUAACAGCAAAGGACCAAGGAAGGCCCCCACGGUCCUCUACGAUGUCAGUGGUCAUACACGUGAGGGAUUUCAAUGAUAACCCUCCUCAUUUUCCUCCGGGAGACAUCUUUAAAUCAAUUAUUGAGAACGUUCCUGUGGGUACUCCUGUCAUUUCCGUGACUGCUCACGAUCCAGACGCGGAUAUUAACGGGCAGCUAACGUAUGCAAUCAUCCAGCAGAUGCCAAGGGGGAAUCACUUCCGUAUCGAUGAGUUGAGAGGGACCAUAUUUACCAAUGCUGAAAUCGAUCGGGAGUUUGCCAAUCUCUUUGAGUUAACAGUCAAAGCCACCGACCAGGCUGUUCCCGUGGAGUCCAGGCGGUUUGCCCUCAAGAACGUGACCAUCCUGGUGACGGAUCAGAAUGACAAUGUACCUGUGUUCGUGUCGCAGAACGCCCUGGCAGCCGACCCCUCGGUUGUGAUCGGUUCUAUCCUGACCACAAUUAUGGCUGCAGAUCCUGAUGAGGGUGCCAACGGGGAGGUGGAGUAUGAGAUAGUCAAUGGAGAUACCGAGACCUUCAUUGUGGAUCGCUACAGUGGAGAUUUAAGGGUAGCCUCAGCCUUGGUGCCUUCUCAGCUCAUCUACAACCUCAUCGUUUCUGCCACUGACCUGGGCCCCGAAAGGAGGAAAUCCACCACUGAGAUGACUAUAAUUCUGCAAGGGGUUGACGGGCCUGUUUUCACUCAGCCGAAAUACAUCACCAUCCUGAAAGAGGGCGAGCCCAUCGGGACGAACGUGAUCUCCCUGGAGGCAGCGAGCCCGCGGGGCUCCGAGGCGCAGGUGGAAUAUUACAUCGUGUCCGUUCGCUGUGAUGACAGGAGCCUCGGGCGCCUCUUCACCAUCGGGCGCCACUCCGGCGUCAUCCAGACCGCUGCCAUUCUGGACAGGGAGCAAGGAGCACGGCUCUACCUGGUGGAUGUUUACGCCAUUGAAAAGUCAUCUGUUCUGCCCCGCACACAACGAGCCGAGGUAGAAAUAACACUUCAGGAUAUCAAUGACAACCCACCAGUAUUCCCCACAGACAUGCUCGAUCUGACUGUGGAGGAGAACAUAGGAGAUGGAUCUAAAAUACUGCAGCUGACAGCCAUGGAUGCUGAUGAGGGAGCCAAUGCCCUGGUCACAUACACCAUUAUCAGUGGUGCAGAUGACAGCUUCCACAUUGACCCCGAGUCCGGGGAGCUGAUAGCCACCAAGCGCCUGGACCGGGAGCGCCGCUCCAAGUACUCCCUGCUGGUCCGCGCCGACGACGGCCUGCAGUCCUCGGACGUGAGGAUAAACAUCACUGUCAGCGACGUCAACGACCACAUCCCCAAGUUCUCCAAGCCUGUGUACUCCUUCGACAUCCCAGAAGAUGCCACACCAGGUUCCUUGGUGGCUGCCAUCCUCGCCACCGACGACGACUCGGGCAUCAACGGGGAGAUCACGUACACCAUAAGCGAGGAUGACGAAGAGGGAAUCUUCUUCCUGAAUCCCGUCACCGGGGUCUUCAACCUGACCCGGCCGCUGGACUACGAAGCACAGCAGUAUUACAUCCUCACUGUCCGUGCUGAGGAUGGGGGAGGCCAGUCCACGGCCAUCAGGGUGUACUUCAACAUCCUGGACGUCAACGACAACCCGCCCGUGUUUGGCAUGGCCUCCUACAGCACUUCCCUGAUGGAGAACCUGCCCCUGGGAUCCGCCAUCCUCAACUUCAGCGUCACCGACGCCGAUGAUGGCCCCAACUCCCAGCUGUCCUUCAGCAUCGCAUCCGGGGACAGCGCGGGGCAGUUUGGCAUCGACAGCCGCGGGGUGCUGAGCAUCCGGCAGCCCCUGGAUCGGGAAAGCCAGUCCUUCUACAGCCUCAUCGUGCAAGUGCACGACAUGGCGCCCCUGCCAGCCUCCAGGUACACCAGCACAGCCCAAGUUUCCAUCAUCCUGCUGGACGUGAACGAUAGCCCCCCGAGCUUUAUCUCCCCUAAGCUGACCUACGUCCCGGAGAACACGCCCAUCGACACGGUGGUGUUCAAGGCACAGGCCACGGAUCCCGACAGCGGUCCCAACAGCUACAUCGAGUACAGCCUGCUCCGGCCUCUGGGAAACAAGUUCAGCAUCGGCACCAUCGAUGGGGAGGUGAGGCUCACCGGGGAGCUCGACAGAGAAGCUGUGGCCAACUACACCCUGACUGUGGUAGCCACAGACAAGGGCCAGCCGUCCCUUUCUUCGUCUACAGAUGUGGUGGUCAUAGUCCUGGACAUCAAUGACAACAACCCGCUCUUCGCCCAGAAGCUUUACAAACUGGAGGUGGCGGAAAAUACUUUGACUGGGACGGAUUUAAUCCAGGUGUUGGCCACUGAUGGGGAUGAAGGGACAAACGGGCAGGUCCGCUACGCCAUCGUGAGCGGGGAUGCCAGCAGUGAGUUUCGGAUCGAUUCUGUGACGGGGGUCAUAACUGUGGCCAAGCCUUUGGACAGGGAGAAGAAGCCCUCCUACACACUGACUGUUCAGUCAUCUGACCGUGGGAGCAGCCCCAGGACCGAUACCUCGACAGUCAGCAUUGUUCUGAAGGAUGUUAAUGAUUUCAUUCCCACAUUUGAGCUUUCCCCCUACUCUGUGAACGUCCCUGAGAAUCUGGAGACACUCCCAAAAGUUAUUCUUCAGGUUGUAGCAAGGGACGAUGACCAAGGGCUGAACAGCAAGCUGACCUACGUGCUGGUGGCUGGCAAUGAGGAGGGAGCCUUCACCCUCUCGGACAGCGGGGAGCUGCGCCUGAUGCGGAGCCUGGACCGGGAGGCCAAGGAGCAGUACCUGCUGCUGGUCACAGCUGCUGAUGCAGGAUCUCCUGCCCUCACUGGCACUGGAACCAUUGCUGUCACAGUGGAUGAUGUCAAUGACAAUGUCCCCACGUUUGCCUUUAACAUGUAUUUUGCCACUGUUCCGGAGGAUGCUCCCACGGGGACGGAUAUUUUGCUCGUAAACUCCUCAGAUGCUGAUGCUUCUACAAAUGCUGUUAUUAGCUACAGGCUUAUGGGUGGCAAUUCACAAUUCACCAUCAACCCUUCUACGGGGCAGAUCAUCACCAGCGCUCUCCUCGAUCGUGAGGCGAGGGAGAACUACACCCUGGUGGUGGUGGCCAGCGACGGGGGCUUCCCCAGGGCUCUCUCCAGCUCCACCAGCGUGCUCGUGUCCGUGUCUGACGUGAACGAUAACCCGCCCAAAUUCCAGCACCACCCCUAUGUCACCCACGUCCCAUCGCCCACCACUGCAGGUUCAUUCGUGUUUGCUGUCACUGUCACCGAUGCAGAUGCUGGCUCCAAUGCCGAGCUCCAUUAUUCCCUUGUGGGGAAGAACUCUGAGAAAUUUCACAUUGAUCCAGCCAGGGGGGCAAUCCUGGCUUCAAAACCACUGGCAGGAGAGUCUGAAGUCACCAUUUCUGUUCAUGUGAGGGAUGGUGGCCGGUACCCCAAGACAGACUCUACCACUGUCACUGUGAGGUUUGUGGACAAAGCCAAAUUUCCUCGUGUUCAGGCAGAGCAGGAGACCUUCACAUUCCCUGAAAACCAAGCAGUCGGGACACUUGUCACCACUGUCUCUGGAUCUUCAUCCAGAGGAGGAUCCUUGUCCUAUUACAUCGCCAGCGGUAACCUGGGCGGCACUUUCCUGGUGGACCAGGUGACAGGACAGCUUUCUGUAGGGCGGGCUUUGGAUUUUGAAGCCGUACAGAAAUACGUGGUGUGGAUUGAGGCCAGAGACAUGGGCUUCCCCCCCUUCUCAUCAUAUAAGAAAUUGGAAGUAUCUGUGCUGGAUGUCAACGAUAAUGUGCCGGAGUUUGAGCGAGAUCCCUUCAUUGCAGAAAUAGCGGAGAACCUGUCCCCAAGGAAGAUACUGACGGUGGCUGCUGUUGACAGAGACAGUGGUCUAAAUGGGCAGCUACAUUAUGAAAUAAUUGAGGGCAAUACUGAAAACAGUUUUAGUAUCAAUCGAGCCACUGGUGAGAUCAGAAGUGUCCGGCCCUUGGACAGGGAGAAACUGUCUCAGUACACACUAACCAUAAAAGCUUCGGAUAAAGGCACUCCGCUCCAGAGCACGACUGUCAAAGUUAUCAUUAAUAUUUUAGAUGAAAAUGACAGUGCUCCAAGGUUUUCACAGAUAUUCAGUGCUUCUGUGCCUGAAAACGCACCUCUGGGUUUUACAGUAACACGAGUCACCACAUCAGAUGAGGACAUUGGGGUGAAUGCGGUCAGCAGGUACUCCAUAAGGGAUACGAGUCUCCCGUUUACCAUCAAUCCCAACACUGGGGACAUCACCAUCAGCAGACCACUGAACAGGGAGGACACCGACCGCUACAGAAUCAGGGUCUCUGCACAUGACUCGGGGUGGACAGUGAGCACAGAUGUCACCAUAUUUGUCACAGAUGUCAAUGACAAUGCCCCACGAUUUACAAAACCAUCCUAUUACCUGGAGUGUCCCGAGCUUCCUGGGAUUGGGCUAAAGGUCACCCAGGUUUCAGCCACCGAUCCAGAUGAAGGGUCCAAUGGUCAAGUCUUCUACUUCAUAAAAUCCCAGUCCGAGUUCUUCCGAAUUAAUGCAACCACAGGAGAGAUCUUCAACAAGCAGUACUUAAGGUACCAAAACUCCAGUGGCUCCAGCAAUGUCAACAUCAAUAGGCACAGCUUCAUCGUGACAUCAUCAGACCGGGGCAGUCCCCCGUUAGUGAGUGAGACCACUGUCACCAUAAACGUAGUGGACAGCAAUGACAACGCACCACUCUUCCUCGCUCCUAAAUAUUUCACUCCUGUUACUAAGAACGUCAGGGUUGGCACAAAUUUAAUUAAAGUUACUGCAGUGGAUGACAAGGACUUUGGCUUGAAUUCUGAAGUGGAGUACUUCAUCUCUGAUGAGAGCAAAACUAAUAAAUUCAGACUGGACAGGAGUACAGGCUGGAUUUCUGUGUCAUCUUCACUAAUGGCUGAUUUGAACAAAAACUUCCUGUUUAAAGUGAAAGCCAAGGACAAAGGUAAUCCCCCCCUCUCAUCCGAGGUAGCUGUUGAAAUAGUAGUGACAGAAGAAAAUUACCAUACACCUGAGUUUUCCCAGAGCCGCAUGAGUGUUACAAUCCCGGAGAGCUACUCUGUUGGAACAGUGGUCAGGACUGUUUCAGCUCGAGACAGAGAUGCUGCUAUGAACGGGUUGAUCAGAUACAAUAUUUCCUCUGGAAAUGAAGCUGGAAUCUUUGCUAUUAAUACGACCACUGGUACACUGAUGCUAGCCAAACCACUUGAUUUUGAGUUACACCAAAAGCACGAGCUGAUUGUUACUGCCACGGAUGGAGGAUGGGUGUCCCGAACAGGCUACUGCAGUGUCACUGUCAAUGUCAUUGAUGUCAAUGAUAACUCCCCAGCAUUCAGCCCUGAGGAGUACUUUCCCACCGUGUUAGAAAAUGCCCCCAGUGGGACAACUGUGAUUUGUUUAAAUGCCACUGAUGCUGACUCUGGAUCUAACGCUGUGAUUGCGUAUGCCAUCCAGUCCUCAGACAGCGACCUCUUUGUCAUUGACCCCAACACGGGAACCAUCACCACCCAGGGAUUUUUAGAUUAUGAAACAAAGCAGAGUUACCAUUUAACAGUAAAGGCUUUUAAUGUUCCAGAUGAAGAGAGGUGCAGCUUUGCUACUGUCAACAUCCACUUACAAGGGACAAAUGAAUAUGUACCCCGUUUUGUGUCCAAGCUUUAUUAUUUUGAGGUUUCAGAGGCAGCCUCCAAAGGUACUGUUGUAGGUGAAGUUUUUGCAAGUGAUCGUGACAUGGGAAUUGAUGGAGAAGUCCACUACCUCAUCUUUGGCAACAGCAGAAAGAAGGGCUUCCAGAUAGAUGAAAAAAGUGGCCAGAUCUACGUUUCGGGACCCCUCGACAGAGAAAAAGAAGAACGAAUCUCUUUGAAAGUCCUUGCAAAAAAUUUGGGGAGCAUUCGUGGUGCAGAUAUAGAUGAAGUAUCUGUUAAUAUCACAAUCCUCGAUGCCAACGAUCCUCCUGUUUUUACCUUGGGAACCUACAAUAUACGGAUCAGCGAGGGUGUUCCUCCAGGCACCCACGUCACAUUCGUCAGUGCCUUUGAUUCGGAUUCCGUCCCCAGCUGGAGCAGGUUUUCCUAUUUCAUCGGGUCUGGCAAUGAGAACAGCGCCUUUUCCAUCAACCCACAGACGGGACAGGUGACGGUCACUGCGGAGCUGGACCGAGAAACGCUGCCCGUCUACAACCUGUCUGUGCUGGCCAUUGAUUCGGGAACACCAUCUGCGACAGGAAGUGCCUCUCUGUUGGUAACUUUGGAAGAUAUCAACGACAACGGCCCUACCUUGUCCACCAGGCAAGGAGAAGUCCUGGAGAACAACCGCGCAGGAACUCUGGUGAUGACGCUCCAGUCGUCGGAUCCCGAUCUCCCUCCCAACCAAGGUCCUUUCACAUAUUACUUGCUCAGCACUGGCCCUGCCACCAGCUACUUCAGCCUCAGCACCGCUGGAGUCCUGACAACGACGAGGGAGAUUGACAGGGAGCAAAUCAGCGAUUUCUACCUCUCAGUAAUUACGAGAGACUCUGGCGUUCCUCAGAUGUCUUCCACAGGAACUGUGCAGAUCAAGGUAAUAGACCAAAACGACAACCCGUCUCAGCCCAGAACAGUGGAAAUCUUUGUUCAUUAUUAUGGCAACCUCUUCCCAGGUGGAAUUUUGGGCAAUGUAAAGCCUCAGGAUCCAGACGUGCUAGACAGCUUCCAGUGCUCCCUCAGCUCAGGAGUCACCAGCCUUUUCAGCAUUCCCGGAGGCACCUGUGAGCUGCACUCGCAGGCGAGGUCCACGGACGGCACGUUUGACCUGGCGGUCCUCAGCAACGACGGGCUGCACGGAGCCGUCACCAGCAGCGUCCGCGUGUUCUUCGCGGGCUUCAGCAACGCCACCAUCGACAACAGCGUCCUGCUGCGCCUGAGCGCCCACGGCGUGCGGGACUUCCUGACCAACCACUACCUGCACUUCCUGCGCAUUGCCAGCUCCCAGCUGACGGGGCUGGGCACGGCCAUCCAGCUCUACGGGCUCUACGAGGACAGCAACCACACCUUCCUGAUGGCGGCCGUCCGGCGCGCCAACAACCAGUACGUGAACCCCAGCGGCGUGGCCACCUUCUUUGAGAGCAUCAAGGACGUCCUCUUCCGCCAGAGCGGGGUGCGGGUCGAGGCCGUGGACCACGACUGGUGCCUCCAGAACCCCUGCCAGAACGGAGGGAGCUGCCUGAGGAGGCUGGCGGUGAGCCCGGCGCUGAGGACGCACGAGAGCGUGCCCGUCAUCGUGGUGGCCAACGAGCCCCUGCAGCCCUUCGUGUGCAGGUGCCUGCCGGGCUACGAGGGGAACCUGUGCGAGACCGACAUCGACGAGUGCCUCCCGUCGCCCUGCCACAACGACGGCACCUGCCACAACCUGGUGGGGGGCUUCUCUUGCAGCUGCCCGGAGGGCUUCACCGGCAUGGCUUGUGAGAGGGACGUCAAUGAAUGCCUGUCCAACCCCUGCAAAAACGGUGCCGCAUGCCAGAACUUCCCGGGAAGCUUCAACUGCGUUUGUAAAACCGGCUACACAGGGAAAACGUGUGACUCCACUGUCAACUACUGUGAGUGCAACCCCUGUUUCAAUGGUGGGUCCUGCCAAAGUGGGCUGGAGGGGUAUUUCUGCCACUGUCCCUUCGGUGUUUUUGGGAAUCACUGCGAGCUCAACAGUUAUGGAUUUGAAGAGCUGUCCUACAUGGAGUUCCCCAGUAUGGAUCCCAACAACAAUUACAUCUACAUAAAGUUUGCCACCAUAAAGAGCAACGCCCUGCUGUUGUACAACUACGACAACCAAACAGGGGAGCGGGCGGAAUUCCUGGCCCUGGAAAUAGUGGAAGGGAGGCUGAGGUUCUCCUACAACCUGGGCAGUGGCACCUACAAGCUCAGCACAGCUAAGAAAGUGUCUGAUGGACAGUUCCACACCGUCAUUGCCCGCCGGGCUGGAAUGGCAGCAUCCCUGACGGUGGAUUCCUGCUCUGAGGACCAGGAGCCAGGCUACUGCACUGUUAGCACUGUUGCUGUUUCGACUGACUGGACUCUCGAUGUACAACCAAAUCGAGUUACUGUCGGUGGCAUCAGGUCCAUAGAACCCAUCCUUCAGAGGAGAGGACAAGUGGAAAGCCAUGAUUUCGUGGGCUGCAUAAUGGAGUUUGCAGUCAAUGGACGUCCCCUGGAGCCCAGCCAGGCUUUGGCAGCCCAAGGAAUCUUAGAUCAGUGUCCCAGACUGGAAGGUGCUUGCACAACCAGCCCCUGCCAGCAUGGUGGCACUUGUGUUGAUCAGUGGUCGUGGCAGCAGUGUCACUGCAAGGAUGGACUGACGGGAAAGCACUGUGAAAAAUAUAUCACUGCUGACACGGCCCUGUCGCUGGAAGGCAAGGGGAGGCUGGACUACCACGUGAGCCCCAACAAGAAGCGGGACUACCUGAUGAGGCUCGGGGCUCGGGGCGUGGGUCGCCCGGGCGUGGAGCGCCUGGAGGUGAAGUUCAUGACAAGGAGUGAGAACGGUGUUCUACUCCACGUGCAAGAAAGCAGCAACUUCACUACUGUGAAGAUAAAAGGUGGCAAGGUGCACUACAUAUCUGAUGCUGGAGUUGCUGGGAAAGUGGAAAGGAACAUCCCAGAGGUGUAUGCUGCAGAUGGCCAGUGGCACUCGGUCCUGCUGGAGAAGAACGGCUCUGCCACCGUCCUGUCGGUGGACAGGACUCACAGCCGGGACAUUCUCCAUGCCACCCAAGACUUCGGUGGCCUGAAUGUCCUCACCAUUUCUCUGGGAGGAAUUCCAUCCAGCCAGCCUUUCAAGAGCACAGAUGCAGGCUUCAACGGCUGCAUUUCCUACAUCAAGUACGGCGGGGAGAACCUUCCCUUCUCCGGAAAGCACAGCCUGGCCACACUCUCCAAGACAGAUGCCUCGGUGAAGAUCGGCUGCCGCGGCCCCGACGUGUGCGCCAGCAGUCCGUGCUGGGGCGAGCUGAUGUGUGUCAACCGCUGGUUCGCCUACCAGUGCGUGCCCCCGGGCGCCUGUGCCUCCAGCCCCUGCCUCAACGGGGGCAGCUGCGAGCCCGGGCCCCACGCCACCUUCACCUGCAGCUGCCACGAGGCGUACGCGGGACGGACGUGCGAGACCGUGGUGGCCUGCCUGGGGGUCCUGUGUGCCCCCGGCCACGAGUGCAGGGCGGGCGCCAACGGCGGCCACGUGUGCCUGCCGACCCCGCCGCCCGCCGAGCUGUCCCUGCCGCUCUGGGCCGUGCCGGCCAUCGUGGGCAGCUGCGCCACCGUCCUGGCGCUGCUGGUCCUCAGCCUCAUCCUCUGCAACCAGUGCCGAGGGAAGAAGUCAAAGGGGCCCAAAGAGGAGAAGAAGACGAAGCAGAAGAAGAAGAAAGGCAGCGAGAAUGUGGCGUUUGAUGACCCUGACAACAUCCCGCCCUAUGGUGAUGACAUGACUGUCAGGAAGCAGCCCGAAGGGAACCCGAAACCCGACAUCAUCGAGAGGGAAAACCCUUACCUCAUCUAUGACGAGACGGACAUCCCGCACGCCACGGAGACGAUCCCCAGCGCCCCGCUGGCAUCCCCGGAGCCCGAGAUCGAGCACUACGACAUUGACAACGCCAGCAGCAUCGCCCCCUCUGACGCCGACAUCAUCCAGCACUACAAGCAGUUCCGGAGCCACACUCCCAAGUUCUCCAUCCAGAGGCACAGCCCUCUGGGCUUCGCCCGGCAGUCCCCCAUGCCCCUGGGAGCCAGCAGCCUGACCUACCAGCCGGCCUACGGGCAGGGCUUGAGGACAACGUCCCUGAGCCACUCGGCAUGCCCCACUCCCAACCCCCUGUCUCGGCACAGCCCCGCGCCCUUCUCCAAAUCCUCGACGUUCUACAGGCACAGCCCGGCCAGGGAGCUGCACCUCGCCAUCAGGGAAGGGAGCCCGCUGGAGAUGCACGGCGAUGUCUGCCAGCCCGGCAUCUUUAACUACGCCACCCGGCUGGGCAGGAGAAGCAAGAGCCCACAGACCAUGGCGAGCCACAGCUCCCGCCCGGGAAGCCGCCUGAAGCAGCCCAUCGGGCAGAUCCCGCUGGAGACGUCUCCCCCGGUGGGGCUGUCCAUCGAAGAGGUGGAGAGACUGAACACCCCUCGCCCCAGGAACCCCAGCAUCUGCAGCGCGGACCACGGCCGCUCCUCUUCGGAGGAGGACUGCAGGAGGCCCCUGUCCCGGACGAGGAACCCGGCCGACGGCAUCCCCGCACCCGAGUCCUCCUCCGACAGCGACUCGCACGAGUCCUUCACCUGCUCCGAGAUGGAGUACGACCGGGACAAGCCCGUGGCCUACACCUCCAGGAUGCCCAAGCUAUCGCAGGUGAACGAGUCGGACGCGGAUGACGAGGACAACUACGGCUCCAGGCUGAAGCCCCGGCGGUACCCGGGGCGCCGCGGCGAGGGCGGGCCCGUGGGGGCACAGGCAGCCGGCGCCGAGAGCUCCCUGCCCGGGAAACUGGGCCAGCAAGCGGGGAGCUUCAACUGGGACAGCCUCUUGAACUGGGGCCCGGGCUUUGGGCAUUAUGUGGAUGUUUUCAAAGAUUUGGCAUCGCUUCCUGAAAAAACAGCAGCAGCAGCAGCAGCAGCAGCGAGUGAAGACAGCAAAGGUGGUACAGCAAAGCCUGUUUCCAAGGAGGGGGAAGCAGAACAGUAUGUAUAGGCUUUGUCUCCUGGUAUUGCCACAGUGCAAAGCCACGGGGACUGCUCAAACCAUUAUAUGGUUGUAGAAAAGCCAAGGUCAGCAUCUGAUCCCCAGGCCAGUCUGGUUGGAGGAGACUUU